AUGAUGCCACUUCAUCCUCAGCAAAAUUCAUGGGUUGAUGAAUUCCUCGACUUCUCCGCGACGCGGCGGAGCAUGCACCGGAGGACGGCGAGUGACCCUGUCACGUUCGUGGAGGCGCCACCGUUCAUCAAAGAUUUGGGCAAUAAUAAUAAUGGGUUUGAGAGAUUGGAUGAUGAGCAGUUGAGAGACAUGUUUUCCGAUGAUAUGGCUGAUAUGGGGCCCAUGAAGAUGUCAUCGUCUAAUCCUUCGUCGCCAUCUGAGCAAAAUGGUGAAAACGUUCAGGAGAAGAAAACGGUGGCGGAGGCGGAGUGCCACCCUGUGCAUCCAAAGAAUGAGCCUGGUGAGGUGGAUAAUUCAUGCAAAUCACCAGUAGAUACGCAGCCUCCUGCCAAAUCUUCUGAUAAUGCUUCUGGGGAUACCAUUGUUGAUCCAAAGAGGAUCAAAAGAAUUUUGGCCAAUCGUCAAUCAGCUCAAAGAUCAAGAGUGAGGAAAUUACAAUACAUUUCUGAGCUUGAAAGAAGUGUAACAACACUGCAGAGUGAAGUAUCAUCUUUGUCACCUAGUGUUGCAUUCUUGGAUCAUCAAAGGCUGCUUCUCAAUGUUGAUAAUAGUGCUCUUAAGCAGCGGAUUGCAGCAUUGGCCCAAGAUAAAAUUUUCAAAGAUGCAUUGAAGAAGGAGAUUGAAAGACUGAGAAAAAUAUAUCAUGAGCAAAACAUGAAGAAGAUAGGAGAUAAAGCCAUCGCAGAAGCGCCACCACCACAGCCACCAGCAGCUGCCACCUUCGAAUAA